AUGAGCGGCAUGAAGCGUAUCCUGACCUCGUCCGCUGCUUCCCGAAGCCUAUCCUUCUUGCUGCAGCAGCAGUGCAGAGUGUCCUUAGCUCAGAAUGUCGGUCGAUAUCCCGCCAAUCGAUUUCUGGCUCCUUUGCGCUCUCUCUCGACCACAGGUGGUGGUGGAAGCGAUGACGGUGACAAGAAGAAGGAAGACCUAGAUCCCUUUGGAAUGUCGUUUGACGAUGGUGGUGAUCAGGGCAAUGUGGGACCUGCCAGUCAGUUUCCACCCAAAUUAAAGCGUGAUGCUACCACUGGCAAAUUAACAGGUGAAGUCGAACGGGAAUUAACAGAGGCCGAAAAGGAUAUCCUUCAAAUGGAUCCCUACGAACGAGAUCAAUUGGUGGGCAAACGUGUAAUUGAAAGCUGGAAGAAUCAGGAAGACGGUGGUGGAGACACCAAAGUGGUGGAGGACUUGGGCAAACGUGUGCGGCUUGCCCAGAUGUCGCUGAAUGUCCUGGGACGUUCGGUCAAGGCACAAGAGGCCACAACAGUGCUAGAUGAUGGAGAAGAGUUUGGACGAGACAAGGAAACUGGGUUCACUCAGAACUUGACCAAAUCGGAAUUUGAGUCCUUUCAAAAAUACAUGGAAGAUCAGCACAAUACCGCAGUCUCGGAAGAGGAUAUCCCAGUUCUAGAUGACUCUGCUUCCAAGUCAUCGUCAAAGCCUUCUUCUGGUGUUCUGGAUGACAAGGAAAUCCACAUGCAGGGAAUUACCGAUGAUUCCGCGGAAGAUCCCGACAAUCCUGAUUUGAGUCUCAAGUGGCUCACCAGCAGAGCCAAAUGGGAAGUCAGCAAAAAGGUCGGUGCCGAGCACCCAUUUGAAGACAUGUUGCCGAGAGAUUUGAAUUUGUCGCGGGUAGUCAAUCGAAAACGCGCCAAGCCAUUGCCCACGGAGUUGCUUCACCACAACAAUCUUGCGCUACUACGACGUUAUAUUAGUCCGGCUGGACAGAUCAUGCAUCGUGUCAGGACACGGCUUGGAGCCAGGGAUCAGCGCAAGAUUGCCAAACUGAUAAAGCGAGCCAGGAAUUUGGGUCUCAUCCCUCACUCGGGCCAAUUUGUUGUGGAAGACAACGGCGACAUUUAUGAAUCUGAUAUCCAUGCUAUGAAGCCUUGGGAGGAGGAGCUGCAAAUGAGAGGGCUUACCGUCGCACCGAAGGAAAUCGAAAAAGAGAAAAGCGAAUGGUGA